AUGGCAGAUGACUACGACUAUGAGCACGUGAAAACUUUUCCUACCUAUGCAAGCAAAUUAAAUGAUGUUGAUCAUUUUUCAGGCAUACAAUUUCGAACAAAUGAUCCUAUUGUUAAUAGGUGUAAGGAAAAAGCUAAAAGUAAUGAAAAUUUUUAUUAUAUUAUGUUAUGUGCAACCCUUAAUAAAUAUUUUAAGUAUUAUAGCCAUCUGAAUCCGGUCGAUAGUAAACACUGUGAAUAUAUUAAUUUCUGGUUAAAUAAGAAAUCACAAUAUGACAAUUCAUUUAAUAUUUAUAAAAGGAUAAUAAACCAUGACAAAUCAUUAGAUAUAUUUGACCCUAGUAUUAAGGAUAUACAAGAAUACGAGUCUAAACUAGGAGUUCUUUCAAAUGAAGUAGUUAGAAAAAUAAAUACAAUAUAUAAGUUGAAUGAACAAUAUCUCUUUUUCUUAACGAAGAAGGAAAUUGGUCAAACCGCUAAGGUCAUAUUAUGCGAUCAUGCUAAAAAAUUUGCUGAAAUAUAUAAUGAAGCAAUUGGUGAAUGUUCUAAUUAUAAUAAUAAAUACUGCAAGGCGUUGAUAGAAUUUAAAGUUAAAUAUGAUAAACAUAAAGAAUUUACAAAAACAUGUCAAGAAGUAAAGGAUGUAAAAAUAAUACCUGGAACAGAAAGUUAUGAAUUAGAAAUACUGAGGAGGUAUGGGCUAUUUAGUAGAUAUGGGUUUAAUUCUGUAACGGAUGUUUUAAAAACAGCUGGUAAGGUAUUAGGAGGUGUUUUUGUGUUAUUUCUUAUAAUAAAGAACGUAAUAAAAAGAGAAAUAAAAAACAAAAUAAAAAAAAAUCUCGUGCUAGUAGUAAGCAUCAAAAACGUGAUAGUCGUCAAGAUUACCCUAAGCAUGAAGAUCAUGAUAAUUAUGCUAGUCAUGGUAGUUAUAAUAAUUAUGAAGACCAUGAUAAUUAUACUAGUCAUGGUAGUUAUAAUAAUUAUGAAGACCAUGAUAAUUAUACUAGUCAUGGUAGUUAUAAUAAUUAUGAAGACCAUGAUAAUUAUCCUAGUCAUGGUAGAUAUACAAAUUAUGAAGACCAUGGUAAUUAUCCUAGUCAUGGUAGUUAUAAUAAUUAUGAAAACCAUGGUAAUUAUGCUAAUUAUGGUAAUUACCAUGAUUAUUCUAAUUAUCAUGAUUAUAACUAUUAUAAUGAAGAUCAAAGGAAUCAGGUUUACAAUUAUUCUCCAUAUUACAAUGAUAACGAUAAAUCAGUGUCGCAUAAUGGACAAUAUAACAUUCAAUAUUAUUCUGCACGUGAUGAUGAAUAUAUGUACUACAGAGAUUAAACAGUAUUCCGAAUUAGUAAAUAAUGUUAUAAAAUCAAAUGACAAUUAUAUUAAGGCACAAAAAAAAAAAAAAAAAAAAUAA